UCAGUAAUUUUUUUUUUCAAGUGGAGAUGAAAUUCGAUAUUCAUGUGACAAUAUACACAAACAAAACUCAUAUGGCCAUAGCAAUGCAAAGUCUACCGGGAAGUUGGUGCAGCUUUGGAGUAUAGUUGCUCUCAUUUGAAAUGGCUGGUGCUUUGGAGACGGACCCAAUCAAUGAACUUGAAGAAAAUCUACAAUGUACUGUAUGUCUGGAGCCACUAAAAGACCCGAGAACUCUUCCUUGCUUUCACUCAUUCUGUAAAGAUUGUUUGGAAGACGUUGUGAAAACAUGUCGUGACGAAGCACCUCGCGGUCGACCAGUUCGAGAGUUUCCAUGUCCAAAUUGUCGAGAGAUGUUUACACUCGAUCCUGAUAAAAAUGUCGCCGACAUGAGAAGAAAUCAUUUCAUCUGCAACAUGGUAAAAGCGGCAGCCGUACUCAACCGAGAUCGUAAAUUUGGCGUUCCGUGUUCACAUGAGUGUAGUCAAAGCUACUCAGUCGCUCGCUGUGUCACUUGUGAGAAAUUCUUAUGUCGGGAAUGUCUGACAGAUCACAACAAAUAUCGAGGACACACUGGUCAUUCUGUUCUGACGAUGGAAGAGUUGUCAAAGCCGGAGAAUCGUAAGAAAAUCAAUGACAAAAUGUAUUGCAAUGAACAUCAGGGGAAGAAACUUAAAGUUUACUGUGAAACCUGCGACCAGCUGAUUUGUAAGGACUGCAUGGAUUUUAAACACACGAAGCCAGAUCAUUCAUGUUUCCUUGUUAAAGAUGUCGCUGAUAAAUAUAAGGAACUACUUGCUUCAAAAAAUGAAACAAUGGAUGGCGUUUUAGCUGAGAACAACUCCUGCCUCGAAGAAUUAUCCAAAGCGACACAACAACUUGAUCGUGAUGCUGAAGAUGUCAAAAGUAAAAUUAAAAAACGAAAAGAGUUUAUCUUGAAGAAUGUCGCUGAAAUGUUGCAUGAAAAAGCAGAAACACUUCUGAACAGAGUAGAAGUUAUUCACACAGAAGCACGAGAAAAAAUGGAUAAACAAAUCUUGGAAAAAAAGCAGUAUGGAGAAAACUUGCAAAAUUAUGUUUAUCUUAGUAAGAAGCUGGUCGAACAAGGCACGGAGGAAGAAAUAAUUUCUUCUCAAAAGAUUAUUUUAGAUAGCGCAAAUAGUCUUCUCAUGAAGCAACAAAAAGCGAAUUUCGGAGCAGUGUUACCUGUGGUAAAAUUUAACUACUCAACCAGUGACUUCAAGAACCCGUUCAACAAAGGGGCCAGGGAACAGCUGAUGAACAGUCUGGGAGAAAUCAAUGAUAGUAACAAAGGUAAAGCUGAAAAUGAUAUUACAGAAAAUCUUCAGUCCAGCACAACAACGCAACAAUUUCUGGUUGAAGAUACGACGGAAGAAAGUUCGUCCAGCAACAGAAAUGCAGUAGAAGAAUACGACAUUGACGAAAAGUUUUCUUGGGUUGUAUACAAUAGUGUAAAAAUUUCUGUAUAUCAAGGAGAUAUUACUAAAGAGACAGCCGAUUUUAUUGUGAAUUCAGCAAAUGAAGAUCUCGACCAUGAAAGUGGCAAAACAGCAAGAGCCAUCGCAAAAGUUGGUGGGAGAUCAAUUCAAGAUGAAAGUACUGAGAUUAUGAAGAGACGACGCAAUAAACCACUCAAUCCAGGGGAUGCAAUAGUGACAAAAGCAGGAAAUCUUCCGUGCAAAUUUAUCAUUCAUGCUGUGGGUCCAGGUUCGUAUAAUUACCGCAGAGACGCUGCCAAAAAAGUGUUAUUUGACGCAGUUCUCAAGUGUUUAAAGCUUGCUGGUCAAAAUGGCGCUACAAGCAUCUCCAUGCCUGCUAUAGGUUGCGGGGAAGUAGGUGUUCCUGCUCCAAUUGGCGCAGAAGUGUUGUGUGAGGCGGCGACAAAUUUUGCAAAGAAUGCCCCCAAAUCCUACAAUCUGAAAGACAUUCGCUUCGUCGACAUCAACAAACAAAUUUCACAAGCGUUGGCGCAAGAAAUGAAGAAAAGAUUUGGUUCUUCUUUCAGACGGGAAAUGUCAAAGUAGUCAUAAUUUGUACCCCAACGUCAAUGUAACUCAAAAACUGAUCUAACACUACCCUAGAUGUAGCAAGUAUACAUAUCAAAAACGAAGCUAACAAAUGAAUAAAAAUCGAAAAGAAUUAGUUCAACACAGCAACCCAAGGAAAGGUCUUACUGAGAUAUUAACUAUUUGUCUUAAUCCGCUAAUAUAUGAAGAACUGAAUUAGGAUUUUUGUUUUCUUUUUUUUUAUCCACGCAUGCUAGCUCGACUGGCAACUGAAAAUGUUUUGGUAUAUUUGUAUUCCCCCAGAUUUGGUAUAUUUGUAUUCCCCCUUGUGGUAUGUAAAAAUCUUGUCAAUAUUUGUAUUUCAAAAUAGACCAUAAAAUCAGUUGUUGGCGUCGAUAUGACGACAACGGGUAAGCAUUAAUUGAAGAAUCUGUGACGGACAGACUAUUGCAUCACGACCCCUUCCUCCUAAGUGAUGGCUUUGUGCCAAGAAAAUUUCCUAGAUUGUUGAAACCCAAAAUGUUCAUCUACAAUAGACAAGGGAAUACCACGGUAGCAGG